AAAAAUCGGAGAAGGUGAAAAUCGAAGCUGACGAAAAAAUUCCCCCACUCCCCUCCUUCCUUCCAUUGAAAGCCCAGAUCCUUCUACCAAAAAAAAUAAAAAUAAAUAAUAAAAGCCCCAAAUCCAACACCCCCUCCUUCCCUCCCUCUUUGAAGGAACGCCGGCGAAGUUGCCUUCGGCGGCGGCGGCGACGGCGGCGACGGCGAAGCAGAAAGGUGAAGGUGUAAUGGAGAUAUCAUUGCUAAAGACACUGCUCAGUAGCAUUGCACGCUUUGAUCUUUUGUCAUCUAGUAACUCUAUAAAAUCCGAGCUGGUUCAAAGAUACUUCCAGAAAAUUGAUGAAAUCUUGGAGUGUUUGAAACCUGUGCUUGAUCAAGCUGUGGCUUCUGAGAUAUCAUCAGAUGGGAAUCUAAUUAAGCUGUUGGAAGAACUUGAUGGUGUUGUCAAUGAAGCCAGAGAACUUAUUGGGAGCUGGCACCCUACCAUGAGUAAAGUUUAUUUUGUCUUGCAGAUUGAAUCCAUAAUAACAAAUAUUCAAAAAUAUGCUAUUGAAGUAUGCCAACUACUUAAUUCUCUGCUUCCAUCUGUGAUAGUUACUUCUACUUCAACAUCUAUCGAGCAUUGUGUGCAGAAAACUCAGCAUAUGCAUAAUGACCAGAUAUCAGAUGUCAUCAAAGAGGCCUUAAGAGAUCAGAGGGAGAAGAUUACUCCUAGGCCUGAGCAUUUGGAUAAAAUUUCAAACUCUUUGAGCUUGUCAUCUAAUCAAGAAUUGCUGAUGGAGGCUGUUGCCCUUGAGAAGCUUAAAGUGAAGGUUGGCAAUGGCGAAAACCAAGUAGAACAGAUUGAUCAUAUGAUUGCACUUGUCACUCAUAUGCAUGAGUGCCUGGUUAAAAUAAAACAGGUGCACAGCAUUAAUGGGGUGCUGAUUCCUGCUGAUUUUUGCUGCCCACUUUCCCUAGAACUGAUGUCUGACCCGGUGAUUGUGGCAUCUGGCCAAACAUAUGAGCGGGCUUUUAUUAGAAAAUGGCUUGAUCAAGGUUUCAAUGUUUGCCCCAAGACGCAUCAAACACUCGGUCACACUAAUUUGAUUCCCAACUAUACUGUCAAGGCAUUAAUAGCCAACUGGUGUGAAUCAAAUGACAUCAAGCUUCCGCAUCCCGUAAAACUCGUGAAUAUGAAUCACCCUUCAUCUUUUCUUAGCCCCAUUGAUUCAAGUAGUAAUGAUUGCCAUGUUCCUCAUUCUGGUCAUUCUCCAAGGACUAGCCAUCCAAGAUCACCAGAAUCUGACAGGUGUAUAGUGAGUUCACAUAAGGAUUCGCACUCGUCCAAUGGAGUCCUCAAAGACAGUUCUCUGCACGAGAAGCCUUUGUCUUCUCAACAUAGUUCCCUACCUGUGGCAGCACCUUUGCAAAUUGCAAAUGGGUGUGAUGCAAAUAUUGCAAGAUUAUCACCUAGCUUGGGAGAGAGGCAUGUUGAUUCUGGUGGCCAAACUGCUAACGAACCCGAACAGGAUUCUCAAGCCUCCGUAGUUGAUGAGCAGUUACAGGGCCAUAACCGAAGUGUCUCAGCCUCAAGUGCUGUUUCAAGUAAUGAUUAUCUUCCAGGUACUGGAGAUGCAAAUGUGGUGUCACAAGUUUCCAGUGAUCUUACACAUGACAGCAGUGAUACCUCAGGAGAAGUUACACGAGAGACUCCGGUUUCCUCCACUCCUCAGAGAGAACCAGAAUUCCCUCCAAGGUUGGGUGAGGCUCGUUCUAGAAGCCAAACCAUUUCUCGACGGUCAUCUAUCCCCAGGAUCAUAACAUCUUCAUCUAUGGAUUCCAGGCCUGACCUAUCUGGUGUUGAGACCCAAGUUCGAAAACUGAUUGAGGAUUUGAAAAGUGAUUCAGUUGAUGUGCAGAGAGCUGCUACAGAAGAGCUGCGCUUUCUUGCUAAACACAACAUGGAAAAUAGAAUUGUAAUUGCAAAAUGUGGAGCUAUAAGCUCGUUAGUUGAUCUGCUUCGUUCAACGGACCCUAAGACUCAGGAGAAUGCUGUAACAGCACUUCUGAACUUAUCGAUCAAUGACAACAACAAGACUAUCAUUGCAAAUGCUGGUGCCAUUGAUCCUCUUAUCCAUGUUCUUGAGGCAGGGAAUCCUGAAGCAAGAGAGAACUCUGCUGCAACCUUAUUUAGCCUUUCAGUAAUUGAAGACAAUAAGGUUAGGAUUGGACGAUCUGGUGCUAUCGGACCUCUGGUUGAAUUAUUAGGAAAUGGGACUCCUCGAGGAAAGAAAGAUGCUGCAACAGCAUUGUUUAAUUUAUCGAUAUUUCAUGAGAACAAGGCUCGUAUAGUGCAGGCUGGGGCUGUGAAGCACUUAGUAGAGCUGAUGGACCCAGCUGCUGGCAUGGUUGAUAAGGCUGUGGCUGUUUUGGCAAACCUUGCGACUAUAGCAGAAGGGAGGGGAGCAAUUGGUCAUUUAGGUGGAAUCCCUGCCCUUGUGGAGGUUGUUGAAUUGGGAUCUGCAAGAGGGAAAGAAAAUGCUGCUGCAGCUUUGCUUCAACUCUGUAUAAAUAGCAAUAGAUUUUGUACUCAAGUUCUCCAAGAAGGUGCCGUGCCACCACUAGUAGCAUUAUCACAGUCAGGGACACCACGAGCUAAAGAAAAGGCACAGAAUCUUCUUGGCAUUUUCCGAAAUCAGCGGCAUGGUAAAGCAGGGAGGGGAUGAUCCUGGCAUACAUAUUACCAAUCUAUAUUUGGCUUUUAGUUUUAUGUACUUAUCAAUUGGGUCUUAUUUAACUGUCUUAAGCGGAAGUGUGCAACUGUUUUGAAGCUUUCCUACGUUAAGUCGGUCAGAUAAGUGUUCUAGGGAUGUUUCUUUGUAAGAGUGACUAAUCUGUAAAGUGGUCAAUUUGAAGUCCAUUGAUUCUUUGUUUGUCUUGAUACUGCUGUAUAUGCCUUUUUCUAUAAUAUAUAAUCUUUUCGUGCCGUUUGUAAA